CUCUGUGCUCCACAAGCAUUUCCAAAGCCAGAGGACGGGCUGUCAUCUGUAGAUACCCCAGAGCAGGCAGCCAUGAUUAGCCUGAAGGAAAUCUGUCGUGGCCUUCCUCUAAACCCUUUGCCUGAAAACAGAGGUCGGAGGAAAGGAAUACCCCAUGCACCUGUGAGAACCCCUAAUCUCACUGCUCAGGAGAAAAAGCUCGCUUUGCGCAAUGCCCUACGUUAUUUCCCACCUGACAUACAAAAGAAGCUGGUGCUGGAAUUUGCUGAAGAACUCAGGCUGUAUGGCCAUAUCUACAUGUACAGGUUCUUCCCAGAUAUUGAGAUGAGAGCGUACCCCAUAGAAGCCUAUCCUUGCAAGACCAAAUCAGCUGCUGCCAUCAUGCUGAUGAUCAUGAAUAAUCUGGAUCCCUCGGUGGCUCAGUUUCCACAGGAGCUUGUCACUUAUGGAGGAAAUGGGCAGGUCUUCAGCAACUGGGCUCAGUUCUGGUUGGCAAUGCAAUAUUUGUCAGAGAUGACCGAAGAGCAAACAUUGGUAAUGUACAGUGGGCAUCCUCUGGGACUCUUUCCCAGCCAUCGCUAUGCUCCGCGAUUAGUCAUUACUAAUGGCAUGGUUAUUCCCAACUAUUCUAGUAGAGAUGAUUAUGAGAAGCUGUUUGCUUUGGGAGUAACAAUGUAUGGUCAGAUGACUGCAGGGAGCUACUGCUACAUCGGGCCCCAGGGAAUAGUCCAUGGAACUGUGCUCACGGUGCUGAAUGCAGGUCGUCGCUAUUUGAAGGCAGAAGACCUGUCUGGAAAGGUGUUUGUUACUUCUGGUCUUGGAGGGAUGAGUGGGGCUCAAGCGAAGGCUGCAGUCAUUGCUGGGUGUGUGGGGAUUAUUGCAGAGGUUGAUGAAGCAGCGCUUAUGAAACGUUACAAGCAAGGAUGGCUCAUGGAAAUUUCUAACGACUUGGACCACUGCAUUGCUCGCCUUAGAGAUGCAAGGAAGAAUAAAAUUGCCCUCAGUUUGGGUUACCAUGGGAAUGUGGUAGACCUGUGGGAGAGGCUUGCAUAUGAGCUGGACACAACAGGGGAGCUGCUAGCUGAUCUGGGGUCUGAUCAAACUUCAUGUCACAACCCAUUCAAUGGGGGAUACUAUCCAGUCCAGCUUGGCUUUGAGGAAGCAAAGCAGCUCCUGUCUACCAAUCCAGGGAAGUUCCGAACUCUGGUACAAGAGAGUCUGAGGAGACACGUGGCUGCUAUUAACAGACUAACUGAUAAAGGCAUGUUUUUUUGGGAUUAUGGCAAUGCUUUUCUCUUGGAGGCUCAAAGAGCUGGUGCUGACGUUGAGAAAAAAGGAGCCAAUAAAACAGAAUUCAGAUAUCCUUCCUAUGUUCAGCACAUCAUGGGGGACAUUUUUUCCCUGGGAUUUGGGCCAUUCCGCUGGGUUUGUACCUCAGGUGACCCACAGGACCUUGCUACCACUGACUCAAUUGCCAUGUCUGUGCUGGAGGACUCAAUUCGACAGGGAGUGAGCACAUCUGUGAAGCAGCAGUACCAUGACAACAUCCGUUGGAUUCGGGAAGCUGGGAGGCACAGCUUGGUUGUUGGAUCUCAAGCUAGAAUCUUAUAUUCCGAUCAGAGGGGUCGUGUGUCUAUAGCCACAGCUAUUAAUCGAGCGAUUGCUGAAGGAAGGAUUAAGGCUCCAGUAGUCCUCAGCCGAGAUCACCACGAUGUGAGUGGGACUGACAGUCCUUACAGAGAAACAUCAAACAUUUAUGAUGGAUCAGCCUUCUGUGCAGACAUGGCGGUACAAAAUUUCGUGGGAGAUGCAUUCAGAGGAGCAACCUGGGUUGCCUUGCACAACGGCGGUGGAGUUGGCUGGGGUGAAGUGAUCAAUGGGGGAUUUGGCCUGGUUUUGGAUGGGUCCAUGGAGGCUGAAGUGCGAGCUAAGAUGAUGCUCAGCUGGGAUGUUUCCAAUGGGGUCGCGAGGCGCUGCUGGUCAGGUAAUGGCUACGCGUAUGAAACCAUCUGCCAAGCAAUGAAAGACAGUGCUGCACUGAAGGUGACUCUUCCUCAAAAAGUGGUGGAUGAGAACAUCUUAGAACAAGCCCUCAAAUGUUAGUGGUAUUCCAACUGCAAUGUUAUCCUGGCAGAAACGUGUGAUAAAAUGUGCAAAUGAUAAAAGCCUUGCAAUUGUCUCUGCCGCAUGAGAUUUUUUUCCUUUUAACCCAUUAAAAGAGCACGUUUGGGGGAGUAUUUGCAAUAGGAAAUUUCUCCUUGUAAGGGACAAAAUUUCAGUUCCUUUCCUUGAAAUAAAACUAAAGAAUAAUCAUCUAGCUGUCCAUAUGCAACCAAGAGAAAUGUCUUAUUUUGCACUUCAACUUCCCAUAGUAUGGUGUUAACAGUACCUCACUGAUGCAUUCUGCGAUAGGCAGGGAGCUUACUCAUGGUGACCUGUGCUGGCUGCUGCACGUGGGGAGUGAGGAGCUGCACUAUUUGAACUAUGGGGUCUCAAGAAACCAAAUAACUUUAAAACCGUGUGGCAUUUUGGUACUUAACAAGUGUGUGCUUGCUGCACCCACACACUGCUUCUGGUGCUAGUUAAACAGUACACCUGGUGUGCUGGGUGUUGUUUUUUUUCCUUUAAAUUUCAGUAGUCAGUUAUUUACUUUGUUCACAUAAAGCGUACAUCUCCAGAUGAGCAGUGAGACGCUGGCAUCUGCUUGCAACCAAACCUUCUGUGAAGUGCAUUUUGCAGUUCACCAGAAUUGCUUUACACUGUGGAAAAAAGCACGCAUUGACAAGUUACAGCACUGAGACGUGAGCAGUUGCCAGCCAGAUUUGACAGCCUUUCUUUAACAUAUGUUAGGCAUUACCUAUUAAUAAUCACACUGGGGUGGUAUCUUGGUAGCUCUACCUCAUACAACCUCUCUAGUUAUAGCCCAAAAGAACUGGGGCACUGUUUGUCAUAGGGAACAUCCAGAAAAUACAAUGUCUGUGUGGAAGUACAAGAACGUACUAUGGAGCUGCUCUAUAGUCAUCUUAAUUGUGAGUUGAAAAAUCUACCACAGAAAAUGUUGAAGAAAUAUUAUUAUGGAUUCUUCACCUUUGUGUUAUUUAGCACUGUGCUAACAGUAACCUGUCACUCCCUGCUGGGAUGAAGCAGCUUGUGAUUUCCAGCAGGCAGAAGCCAUAGGCCUGGCCAGGGCAAAAACUACUUGAGCUCUUCUGAGUGUCCUUGUUUUUCUGCAGUUUGCAGAGAAACUGGGUCUAUGAAUGGACAAUUGUUCUGCCUCACUCUGUGGGGACGCUGAUGUCAUUUCUAGGCAGAUGACCUCAGUGCUGGAAAAACUCAUUACAGGCACAGCAGUCUCCUUCAAAACACACAUCUGCAGUCACUGUAUCAGACCAGAUAGUAGAUAACAGAGGAGAUUAAUUUCUGUAGUGAGGUUUGAAGCUUGCCGCAGGUUGAUUUGACAUCCUUCCAUCAGGGAUGCACCUCUGGGUUGAGCACUAAAGGCCUAGGCUGGCCUUUAUUUUCAUAGAUUCAUUAAGGUUGGAAAGACAAUUAUGAUUCCCAAGUCCAACCCUAACCCACUUCCACCGUGCCCAUAACCACAUCCCUCUGUGCCACAUCUCCACAGCUCGUGAACCGCCUCCAGGGAUGGUGACUCCCCACUCCCUGUGCAGCCUGUGCCAGUGCCUCACCACUCAUUCUGAGAAAGUUUCCCUAACGUCCAACCUGAACCUCCCCUGGCACAACUUAAGGCCAUUUUUCUCCUACAAAAAGGAAGGAAGUGAAGGAAGAGUGCAGUGCACGCACCUCUGCA